CGAAGACGACAACCAGAAACGGGAGAAAACGACAGAAAACGGAUGGAGCGAUAGCAACGCAGUGCAUUUCAUCAAUGUUGAGCCAUUAAACAAUAUUAGUUAAACAAUUGUCGCUGUCGUAAUAAAACAAAAACAAAUACGAAAAAAUCGUGAAAAAAUGCACAGACGGUCGGUGCAUACAACAAUGUGGAGAAGUAUCGAAGCGUAAAAAUCAAAGGCGGCGCCAGCCACUCGUACACCAGCCAUCCAACCAACAACAAUAGCCACGAUAAUAAAUUGGAGAAAUCAAAAUAAAAGGCAGACAGCAGCAGCUGCAGCUCCUGGAUUGCUGCGCCGAUUUUAUAUGUGUGCGAAACAGGGGAGCAGCAAUACACAACAACAACAACAGCAACAACAACAACAAACACCGCCUUAGCCUUAAACCUAGUGAACAGGGCAAUAUUUGUCACAUCAAAUAAACCACAAAACAACAACAGGAGCAACAAAAUGUCAUCGCCCAGUGCUGGUAAACGACGCAUGGACAAUGACGUCAUCAAGCUAAUUGAAUCAAAACACGAAGUGACCAUUUUGGGCGGCCUAAACGAGUUCCAUGUCAAAUUCUUUGGUCCAUCGGGCACACCCUAUGAGGGCGGCGUUUGGAAGGUGCGCGUCUAUUUGCCCGAUAAUUAUCCAUUUAAAUCACCGAGCAUCGGUUUUGUCAAUAAGAUCUAUCAUCCAAAUAUUGAUGAAUCAUCGGGCACCGUUUGUUUGGAUGUUAUCAAUCAGGCAUGGACAGCACUGUACGAUCUAUCGAAUAUAUUUGAAUCGUUUCUGCCACAAUUGUUAACAUAUCCAAAUCCUGUGGAUCCAUUAAAUCGAGACGCGGCCGCCCUCUAUCUGCACGAGCCGGAGGAAUAUCAUCGCAAGGUCGCCGACUAUGUGCAACGGUAUGCGACCGAGGAUGCGCUGCGGGCGGCGCAACAGGAGCGCGACAGCAGCGACAGCGAGUCAAGCAUGUCCGAUUACAGUGAGGACGAGGCCAGAGAUAUGGAAUUAUAAUAUCGGUUUAACUAUAUUAUACAAUUAACUAAAACAAUAGCAGCAGCGGCAAUAAUAGCGACAGCCUAAUGCCACGAUUUGAUCGUACAAUACAAUCCGAUCGCCUCGACACAUAUAUAUAUAUUGAGAAAAACCACAGCAAACAAUAUUAAGAUAGUUGUAUAUAUCUAUAUAUAUAUAUAUAUUUACAAUAUGCAUAUAUAUAUAUAUAUAUAUAUAUAUCGAUACAUUAACAACAUGCAUAUAUAAAGAACGUGAUUCGAUGGAGCGCAUAUCGCAGCGAUAUGUUGAUGUGCGCGCACAUACUUAUAAAUACGAAAUAUGAUCUAACACACACACACACACACACACACAUAUAUAUAUAUAUAUAUAUGUUAAUUAACGUAAGCUAAAAGUUUGAAACAAUUCUUAGUAAUAUAGCAAUUAUAGUAGCUGAUAAACAAACAACAAACGACAAAAACAAA